AUGCAAAAGGCCAUUGCUGUCACCACGCUCAACUCCCCUGCCGUACUUGUGGAAAGACCGAUUCCCGACCCUGGGGAAAAUCAACUUCUGGUCCAGGUGACGGCUGCAAGCUUAAAUCCUCUUGAUCAGAAAACUCGGGAUGUAGGCUUGUUCUUCAAAGAGCCCCCUCAAGUCCUGGGUCACGAGCUUGCGGGAAUUGUGGUCAAACGCGGUGCAGGCAGAAAGGCGUCGCAGUUUGCAGUGGGUGAGCACAUAUUUGCCCAUGCGAACUUUGUCCCUGGGCAAGAACUCACAGAUUGCGGCGGUCUUCAACAAUUCGCCUUGGUCGAUGCCCGAUUCGCCGCCAGGGUAGCCGGCACCGGCCUGUCGGAUGAAGAGGCCGCUGGCAUUCCCGUCUGCGCCAUGGCAUCUUUCAUCGCCUUGUUUCAUUCGACCGGGUUAGGCCUGCCGUUGCCACUAGCCCGGGAUGAGACUCGUGCAGCCUUUAAGGAUCAGGCUAUCCUUAUUCUCGGCGGGGGAUCAAAUUGCGGUCGAUUUGCCGUUCAAUUGGCUCGCAUGGUCGGAUUCGAUAGGAUAGUCACCGUUGCCUCUUCAAGAAACACUGUAGAGUUGGAAGGCAUGGGCGCAACGCAUGUGAUUGAUCGUCACGCUAGCCGCGACGAGAUCCUACGCCAGAUUCGAGGCGUCACAGGUGACGAGCUUAUCUAUGCCCUCGACACGGUUAAUGUAGGGCCCGCUCAGAACCUCGGCCUUGCGGCACUGUCAAACACCCGAAAGGGUUGCCUCAUCACGCUGAACCAUGUGGAUGAGACUGAGCCGGACAAAGCGCUGAUCGGAGGAAAGGCUGCCGGCUACGACAGACGGCUGACUUUCGGGUUCAGCGCGUUGUAUCCUGACGUGUCAAUGGUGUUCUGGGAGAAUGUAGUGGGCUGGCUGCAGGCUGGGAACCUUCGCUCACUGAGAUACGAACUCGUUGACGGGGCCGAUCCGGAAAGGAUCAAUACGGCAUUGGAUGGCUACAGAGAUGGCCACGGGCAGAAGGUAGUUGUGCGUCUGUGA